AUGAUUAUAUUAGUCUUAUUGAUAAGUUAUUCAUUUGGUAAGACUCAAGACGGAAAAGAUCAACUUUCUCCAAAUUAUCCUUAUGGAAAGAUGAAUAAGGAUGUAAACUUUAACAAACCUUUUACAAGUGCUGUUGAUAGUUAUCAAAUUCAACAAUAUGCUGAAAAUGGAGUUUUUAGUGCAAAUCAAGAAAAUUAUGUUCGUGCUAAGUGUAAAACAUGUUGUAGAGUUAUUUUUGCAUCUGAUUAUAAUUACAAAACUAACACCCAAUUUACUGAUGAAGAUGAUAAAAAAGGAGAUGAAAGAUAUGUUAUGGAUAUGGAAUUUGAUGAUAAAAGAUCAGUUAGAUUCCGUAAUGGAGGGUAUGAACAAAACAUUUUAUUAAGACCAUUGAAACAAGGAAAUGAACUUCAAUUCUUUGAAUUUGCACCAUACAGAAUGUACACAAGUUAUGCAAUUCCAAAAAGAGUUCAUGAUAUUAGAGGUGGAGCAAACGAGGGAGCAACUCUUAUUAUUUGGCCUAAAAACCCACCAUUAUCAGAUGCACCAGGUACUAGAAACCAACGUUUUGUUUAUGUUCAUCCUUAUCCAACUGAAUGGUAUCCAGAAUAUAAUUCAACUACUAAGUAUACUCAAAAUGGAAAAACAGUGAUUAAAACUCUUAAAUGGCCUACAUAUAAAAGACACUUCUAUCUUCCUUAUCGACUUGAUGUUGAUCUUUGUUAUCAAGCCAGAAAAGCAACUGAUGGUAGAUCAACAUGGACUGGAAAUAAAAAUCUUAAUACAACAAGUAAAAGUUACCAAAUUAUAGCAUCAAGGUGUAGUGCAACUGAAGCAAGACAGAUCUUUAUUCCUGUGUUUGCAUAACUUUUGGAAAUUAAGUUAUUUUGUUUUCUUUUCGAUAUUGAAGUAUGUAUUAAUUUCAAAUUAUAUU